AUUCGAUGUUCUAUUUAAUUUCCCGAAUAAAUUGAAAAUUUAUGGCACUCGUGGAAAUAUUAAUUAAGUCCUGAUUUAACGGUACGAAAAUUUUCGGUCGUCUGUUGUGCUCUGAAUUUUGAGAAAAAGCUUGGGGAUUCACAAAUAAGAUACGGAUUGGCGCCACUGAUUGUCGCAGACCCUCUUCAACAUGUGCAUGGUGAUGUUGGACACAACAAGGAAAAUUUCCUUUUCAUCUGACGACAUCAGGUGAAGAAUCAGAUAUCUUAUCUCGAGAGAUAAUGAGGUAAUAUUUAAAAGUAUUACUGGUCAGCGGGCAUUUCUUCGUGUAUCAGUACGUGGUGAGACAUCGUCCAGUUAACUUUUCUCAUUCUGAGAAGAAAGAAAAUUAUCAAAAAAAUAUCAGUUGUAAAAUUUGAAUAAUAGUCAGCAACUGAAGGUCAUUCUGAUUAAAUAUGGCACGAAGACAUAGGCACAUGAUUGGAUACAGAAUUUUACUGGUUAUUGCUAUUCCCACGAUGUAUUUUUUAUGCAUGAGUUUGGCCAGUUUAUUUAUCAACGAACCGCAGACUGAUGACGCCUCCGAUCGAAUAAGAAUGAGAAAAUUGAUGCAGAUUGGAGAAUCGGAGCUGAAUGGCACUCACAAUUGUACUCAGCCUUCGAUACAAGAAUUUCCGUCUGAUGGAUUUAGUGCUGAUGAGAGACGCUCUGGUUACAUUCUCAUUCACAUAAUUCUGGCGUUGUAUUUGUUCCUUCUUGUUGCUAUCGUCUGCGAUGACUUCUUCGUACCCUCGAUACAACGUAUCUGCGACAAAUUUGGAAUGCCAAAGGACGUGGCAGGUGCCACAUUCAUGGCAGCAGCAACAUCAAGCCCCGAGUUAUUUAUCAAUGUUGUGGGGACAUUCAUAACAGAAGGAGACUUAGGAAUUGGAACCAUUGUUGGAUCAGCUGUAUUCAAUAUCCUGGCGGUUCCUGCCUGCUGCGGUCUCUUUGCUAGAGAGGUUCUAGAUCUCGAUUGGUGGCCAAUAACUCGUGAUUCACUGUCCUACGCAAUAACAGUCUUGUUACUGAUUGUAACUCUUCGAGACGGUCGUAUCGAGUGGUACGAAGCAUUAAUUCUCGUUAUUGUCUAUAUUUUGUAUAUUAUGGCGAUGUACUUCAACAGAGGUAUCAGUCGGUGCAUGGGCUCGAUGGUAUCGAAACGCAACGAAUACAAGAACCUCGAUGAUCGUCCUCUGCUACCUAAACAUAUCUCCGAUCCUAAAAUCACAGAUAGUUGUGAAUUUGAUGAUGAGUCAAUGGAAAUAGUUAAUAUGACGACGUGGCCGGAGUCCAAGUGCGAAAAAUUCUGGUGGUUGCUGACUUGGCCGAUUAAUCUUGUGCUUUUGUGUACGAUACCAGAUAGUCGAAGGAAAUCCUUGAAGUCCUGGUAUCCCAUCACUUUCUUGAUGUGCAUCGUCUGGAUUGCCACCAUGUCGUAUAUCGUCGCCUGGGAUAUUACGAUUAUUGGCGAUACAUUCAAAAUCCCCGAUUCCGUCAUGGGUUUGACAUUCCUAGCUGCUGGCAUGAGUGUACCCGAGGCAGUUUCCAGCGUUAUCGUUACUAAUCAAGGUCAUGGGACGAUGGGAAUCAGUAAUUCAAUCGGUUCAAACGUCUUCGAUGUGCUGCUGUGUCUAGGCCUGCCCUGGUUCAUAAAAGCAGCAUUUUACCCAAAAAUAUCGGGGACCAGUUACGUCCAGAUCAAUUCUGAGGGUCUUGUUUACAGCUCCGUCUCCCUAUUUUCAACUCUCCUAAUUCUCUAUCUGGCAUUCUUCGUCAACAAAUUCAGAUUAGAUCGAAAGGUGGGAAUUACUUGUCUGAUUACUUAUGGAGUCUUUCUCAUUCUCGCGUCAUUGACGGAACUCAAUGUAUUCUUCCCUGUGAAUCGACCCACGUGCGCUCACUGACGAUGUCUUAAGGCUUAGGCCUUUAAUUAGUUGUUCGGGGGGUAUUCAUAUCAUUAUUGUAGGUAUUUAUGAAAUAUGUUAUGAAGAAUUGUGUUCUAGAUGAUGUUUAAAACACGGCGAUACUUAUCGUCAAUAGAUUUUUAAGCAAUUUAGCAGUCUGAGUCUAUUUAUAUAUCGAUUAUCAUUGCUGAUUAUGUAGAGAUUAAAUAUGUACAUUUCUAGGUGCAACGAGGAAGAAAACUCUGUUGUAAACAAUUGAUAGGAGAGUUUGUGUACAAAUAAUUUUUAUGUAGUUAAUUAUAAAAUUGUUGAUUGCUUCGAUCAAGUAAUUAUUUCUUUAUAGUGAUUCAAACUUUAGGGCUAUUUCUCAACUAGUUAAUUUUCUUUACCUGUCACAAAGAAUUUGAAAAUAUUUAGAAAUUCUGGUUCUAGCGACUAAAUUAUAAAAUUCUUAAAAAAUAAACUGUAGUCAUCUAAUUAAAUAGAAAAUAGAAAUGAUUUUAUUAAGCAAA